CAAUAUAAACUUCGUCUCGAAGCUGUCAAAAUAGUCAACUUUAAUAUUUGUAUUUUUAUUUUUAACUUUACAAUUAUGUCUUACAGUUGUUCGCAAUGUACGUUCACAUCGCAGUUCGAGAGCGCCCUCAUGAUGCACCGGCAGCUUCACCACAUGGGAGAAGUGGACGACGUGCUGGCUCCACUCAAGACUAAUGUAUUAGCGGAUAAAUCCAACACCAUGCCACGGGCCUCUACCUUGAACUCGCCGUAUUUAGACAACAAGGAGGGCAAAGGAUUAAAAUUGUCCCGGACUUCGUCUGCAAUCCGGCUGUUCGACAAGCUUCGUGCCCGGAUUGCUCGCAGUCGGACGUUGUUCGCGCAUCCAGAGGAGAGUGGAAGCAUCUCCACUGAUAUAAACGAACUGUCAGUUCCCAGCGAAUGCACUUCAAAAGCUUUCAAAUCAGAUUCUUCUCGAACGAGUGGCGUGUCAAGCCCAAAGGAGCUACAUAAAGAAACGUAUGGAUGUCACUUGUGCUCUUUUGAUGCGGACAGAAUAACAGCCCUAGAUCGUCAUCUCCUAAACGACCAUAAAAUCGGUCUCGACAUCCUUCUUAAACUCGUGAUGGCUAAAACAAAAGAUGGUCUUUCCGAAGAUCCCUUGCCGACAGUUUACGGAGUCCGACAACCGUACUACAAGCCGCUUGAUGAUGUAAUAGAAGAUGGAGAAUUUAUAGUAGAAACAAUCACGCCAAAGAUCAAAAUAAUGAAACAUGCAAUAACCAAUACUGACAUAACGUGGUCUGAUAUACCAGAUUUGAAAAAUAACUGCAGGAUGAUUUCCAAAGAACUGGAGAAGUUGAUAGAUGGGCCAACGGAUAGUGGUAAAGAAGAGUUAUUGGCGAAGAUGCAGACGUUGAACGCUUGUAUGUGCAAGUUUGCUGAUUCUUCAAAUGCGUUGACGAAAGUGUUAAAAAAAGAAAUCGAUGCUAAGAGUGCUCGGGAGCGUUUGAGCGGCAAUGAAACGCUUUUCGAACUGGGGCUUGGAGAUAGGGGUACACCACGUGACUGGGAAAAGGCGCACAGCGAGAGAUUAGAGAGAAACAAAGCCAAACACAACAGGGGAGACAAGACUAAAUUAUCUUCGGAGAGCUUUUACUUUUAAAUGUUCUAAGACGUUUUACUAAUAAAUUGUAUUAUUUCUUUA